AUGCCGCCAUCACGCUCACCCUCCCUUUCCGCACCGCCAAUAAACCUUCGUCAUCCCCUACCUGCUCCGCCCAUUCAGUGCAUUCCUCCCGCGUCGGCUUCCAGCUCUCGCGUCCCAAACCGUCACUCCAAACCUUCUUCUUCGUCAGCUUCCUCCUCCUCAUCUACAUCCUACAAAACGUCACAUCAUCGUCAUCAACCGUCCCCUUCUCCAUCGCCAUACUACUCUAGCUCGUCACAUCCGUCGCCCGCUUCAUGCGGCAGCGCUUCCAGCAGUGCAAGCAGUCUACGCACACCACCGGACCUGCUGGUCAACGGUAGUAGUGUAGGACAUGUUGCUGGUGGCGCCAAGGGCGGGAGCCUGUUGGAGGUCAACACGUGGAACGGCAUGCUCGUCAAACCGAGGGCGCCAAAGAUGCUAUCCCGAGAAGAGAUCCUGCGUCGACAAACGCUGCUGAUCUCACUCCCAGCGGACUCUAGUUGGCAACUGCCUAGUCCACCGUCCUCGCCCAAGCGUAAACGACCUUCCUCCCUAGCCGUCCGAUACCGCGACGCAGCAAGACACCUCAAACACCUCUCCGACACUCACCCGAUCCCAUGCCUGCUUUCCGCCUGCCAGCAGCUCGACUCGGUGCUCUUGUUCUGUCAAUCUUUUUGGCUGGACGAUGCCGAGUGUGGCCGGUGCAUCGCCAAGAACUGGUCCAGUCUAUUCGGCUUGCUCAGGUACACCUCCAAUGCGGUGAAAGGGCUGGCGGGGAAGGACGUGCUCUUGGCGGUGUGUAGGUUGGUCGAGGCUGCCGUGCUGAGGAAGCUGCACAGGCAUGAUUCCGAGUUGCUGCUGAGCAAGGUGCAGGACAAAGCGAUCGAGAUGCAAGAGGUGGGCGGCAUGUUGAAGAGACAGAUGGAGGAUCUGGAGCGGAGCGACAGGUUGGCGGUGCAGGCGAGCGAUCUGUUGACGAAACGCUUGAGGAGCGAUUGUCCCAGAUUGUGGAAGCGUAUCACCGAGCAGGACGAGAUCCAGGCCAGGCAGAUUGAUGUUGGCAGGGAAGAGGGUUGCGUGGUCAAGGCGUGGCCGACUCUAUCCAGUGGAAUGCCGGAAUUGGUGGCGUUUGGCAGGUUGGCCGUGGCCGAGACGGCCAGGAGGGAUGGGCUGGUGGAGUUUCAGCUGGUCGAGGUUAGGGAGGAGGAGUGA